AGUAGACCUCCAAACAAAUGGGGCAGGAAAACUGGCUUUCGAUGCUCUCAGUCGGGGCGGCCGCCGCCGCUGCCCCGUUCGAUUGCGGGUGAUGGUGAUGCUGUCUGAGCUGGGUAGCCGACACAAAACUGCGGAACAUCGCCAUCAUGAACGCGGAUCUCUCGGCAGACUGUUGGUUAGCGUUCACAGCAAUGUGUAACGUGUAGGCUACCACUGAUCUGAAUAAGCUGUCAAGCUAAUACAGAUCAGUGGCGUUAACAAGAAGGGUGGAAAGGAGGGCUAGCAUCGGAUACAUCAACCCCACUACGAAGAUGGUAGAGCUGUUGACGAAUACACGCCGGACGCGAAAGUAAACAUUGCAAGACAGUGGAAACAAUAAGCCUUUAAAAUCCAGAAAGUGUCGAAUGUUUUUCUGGGUAUUGAAGUUUUGCUGAUGAGCUUCAUAAUGGAAUACGGAACUGUAUAAACUACGCUCCCAUAAUGCACUGCUUCUAUGCGCAAUAGCAUUCGCUAGCUGGCGCUGUAAUCCCAAAUGCGAUUGUAAGAAUGUCUAUUAUUUUCAGUGGAAUUAAAUUAUUGGAUUCAGUGUCGAAAAUAAUUGAGAAAGACAGGAACACAAUCCAAACAUUGGGGAAAAUUUGUCGCCUGCAUUGUGUAUGUCGCCGCUUUGUGUACAAUCGCAGUUAUUUUGACAAGCUACGUCAUCAAAAAGAGCGACGUUGCAGACAGUUGCAUGCGCCUGAAAGUGAUCUUCUGCUGAACGCAGCUCACAUCCAGCAUGUUGGGAAGCAAACCGGCUUUCAUCCAGCGCUUGUCUAGGUAAUACAUAACAUGUACACAAUUAUGGUCUUGUGUUAGACGUCUGUGUUAACGCUAUCAGUAAUGCUAACUAAGUUGUAUCAGUAGGCCCUUCAGACUACCUUUUGGGGUAACUUUGAGUACUGUAACCGGCUGGCUAGCUAGCUAGCUAGCAGCAUUGAAAAUGUGUCAAGUGGAUGAGGAAUACAGCGAGCAGUUGGAAAAGAGAACUGUACCGAGUGUGUCCCAGAACUGCGUGAAAUGUAAAGACGGCAGUGCUGUCUUGAUCAUCCGGGCUGGUGAUGCCUUUUGCAGGUGUUGCUUUAAGGAGUACUUUGUACACAAAUUCAGAGCCAUGCUGGGCAAGAACCGUGUGAUCUUUCCCGGAGAGAAGGUUCUCCUCGCUGUAUCCGGGGGGCCGGCCUCGAGCGCUAUGCUGUCACAAGUCCAGGAGGGUUUGAGUCGGGAUGCUCCAAAGAAGUUAAGAUUCAUUCCGGGAAUACUCCACAUAGACGAGGGCGGGGCUUGUGGCCAGAGCUUGGAGGAACGAGAGCGGUCGACGGCCCAGCUGGAGGCGAUAUUCCGAGCUACGGGCUACCCUUUCCACACGGUCCCUCUGGAACAGGUGUUUGAGCUGCCCUCCUCCGUGCUGGAGGCCGCAGCGUCCGCUCCACAGAGGCCGGACGGGAGCUACAAGGCGGCCGUGGACCAGUUCCUCCAGAGCGCUAAAGCCCGGGGCUCGAGCUCGCCCCGGAGAGGGCGGUCCGGACGGGGACCCCGCCGUGCGGGAGGCCCAGGGUCGCCUGUCCCGCCUGGAGACGGGACGCCCCAAAACGGGCCGGCCCGGCUGGGCCUGGGGCGCAGCGAGGACCUGGGGAGGUUACUGUCCUCCGUCAGGACCCUGACCGCCAAGGAGGACAUGCUGCAAACGCUGAGGCAUCACCUCAUGGUGCACACGGCGAGGACCCACGGCUACUCCAAGGUGAUGAUGGGCGACAGCUGCUCUCGGCUGGCGGUGAAGUUGCUAAGCAACAUCGCGCAGGGCAGGGGUGCCACACUGGCCACAGACACGGGGUUCUCCGAUCCCCGCUACGGUGAUGUGGUCAUCAUCCGUCCCAUGAGGGACUACUCCUCCAAAGAAAUCGCCUUCUACAACAAGAUGUUCGGGGUCCCGUCCGUGUUCGUCCCGGGCCUAGACACUAAGGCCUCAGACAAGGCUAGCAUCCCGCUGCUGACGGAGAGCUUCGUCACCAAGCUGCAGACGGACUUCCCCUCCACCGUCAGCACCAUCUACAGGACCAGUGAGAAGCUACGCACGGUCUGUCCAUCGCAGAACGCCGGCUCUGAGGCCUCUGCCAAGUGUCUCCUGUGUGUGUGUGCGUUAGACACUAAAACAGGUGGGGAACAGCGCUGUAGUGCUGUGGACACUCUGCCCCCUUACAUCGUCUCUGAGGCCGAGCACAGGAGCCACAGGUUACGGAUGAAGCAGGAGAUCAGCGAGUUUCUGCUGGACGAGGAAGAGGAGGACGAUGAUGACGAAGAAGCGGCCUGAUUGACGGGAGGAACGUCCGAGCUGUUUUCAGUCACGCGCGUGUUAUCAGUCACGCGCGUGUUAUCAGUCACGCGUGUGUUAUCAGUCACGCGUGUAUUAUCAGUCACGCGUGUGUUAUCAGUCACGCGUGUGUGUUCAGUCACGCGUGUUUUCAGUCACGCGUGUGUGUUCUGUCACGCGUGUGGCGUUCAGCCCCGGCUCUCGGCCGUCGGGUGAAGUCGGGUCACUCUGCGGCCCUCAGGGUUAAAGCCGCAGAACGUCACCGAGCUGAUUUUAAUGUAUUUUUUUUACAUACUUCAGUGUGAGUUAUUUUGAUGUUGAAUAAUGAAAUACUCCCUUUUUAAAUGAAAGAAUAAAGAGUGCGCUGCUUUGAAGAUC